AUAGCCCAAGCGUUGUCUGAGUCAGCGGCUGUGCGUUGCUUUUGUUUACGUGCGAUGAUUUUUGAAUCUCGGAUUGAAACAAGUUUUAUUCGUUGCAUCCGCAGCUGACGACGUAAGCUCCAACGGAGGCGGUCAGACAGUCGCCGCUGUUCGUCCGUCGCGUGUGGUUGACUGAGUCUCGGCGCGUUCUCAGCUUAAACACAUCCAACAUAUAUAUAUAUAUUAUAGAAUAUACAUAUUUGUAUACAUAUGCAUGUGAAUAUUGGUAGGCGUUCUUUGUGGUCCGAGUGCUGAUAGCGCGACUAAUUAACAUUCAUUAAAACAAAGUGCUUUUAAAAUAUUUCGAAUAGACAUCCUACACAACAAUGCGGCCGCUGAUAUCAAUGUGUAUUUGGUCAUUUCUCCUGAUCAUAUCAAUAUCUACUUGUCAGGCUGUCGAACCACUCGAUGAUGGCAAAUUGCGCGUCUGUGUGGUCGAAUCCCGGGGUAGCUAUCGUAAGGCGCCCCAGUUCUGUCCACUGCUGGCGGCCACAAGUAACAUUGAGUGCCUUAUUGGCGUGGAUCGCUUGGACUGUGUGCGUCGCAUACAGAAGGGAACUGCACAUUUUGGUGUGCUCACCUCCGAGGAUUUGGUGGCAGCUCGCUGGGCCAGUGCGGAGAUUUUGGUUGCCAGCGAACUGCGUUCACAUGAGUCGCCAUUUGAAUACGAAAUUGUUGCCGUUGUGGAUAACUCUGCUGAUAUACACACAGUUCAUGAUCUGCAUGGCGCUAAGCUGUGCCAUCCUGGUUAUGGUUUGGAUAACCACUGGACCGAGGUGUUGGCUGAUGUAAGAACCGGAACACUUAACCGAUUAACAAAGUCCACUUCCACUUUGAAUAGAACAACUCAUCUUUUGCAGUAUUUCGAGUCAGCCUUGGUCGCCAAGUCCUGCAAUCCUGAGAUUACUUUAACUGAGGAUCGAAUUGCUGCCUCUGCUAGGUUUUUUGGACCCAGCUGCAAGGCGGGUCCCUGGGUGCCAGAUCGUAAACAGGAUCGCAUUCUAAAGGAUCGUUAUCCAUCAUUAUGUCAAAUGUGCUAUGAUCCCUAUAGCUGUGAUGAUACGGACAAGCAUUGGGGCCGCCGUGGCACACUUUACUGUCUGACCAGUGGUGGCGGAAGCGUAUCCUGGGCACGCCUCGACGACACACGCAGUCACUUCGGCCUUGCGGGUCUGAAGGCACAGGAUGAUCCUGAGAAGUACAGCUAUCUUUGUCCGGACGGACAUUUGCAGCCCAUUAAUGUAACCCGUCCCUGCAUCUGGGUGUCCAAGCCGUGGCCUGUGGUUGCCGCACGGCGCUCACAUGCCGCUCAGGUGCAGCGCCUUAUUACAGGACUCACACACGAUGAGCCACAGAGUUGGCAGAAUGCAUUGCUCAGCCUGCUUGAGACAUAUCAUGUAUUUACGGUGCCUCUAGACAAUGUCAUCUCCAUAGAUGACUAUCUCGAUCAGGCUGUUGGCUUUCAGUCGGCCUACAGUUUCCCAGAGUGCAAUCCACCACGUUCCAUAGUCGUCUGCACAACGUCCAUAAUCGAGCAUAUUAAGUGCUCCUGGUUGCAGGAGGCAGCCCAUGUGUAUGGCGUAGAGCCGAACAUUCAGUGUGUGCGCACAACUAACUUGGAGCAGUGUAUGGAUGAUACCCGCUACAAGAGCGCCGACGUACUCCUUGUCAAUCAGGACCAGCGUGUACAGGCACAGAGAGAUUACAAAUUGACGCCCUUGCUCUUUGAGUUUGCGGAGCAAAUGCACGAUCGUUACGUAACCAUUGCGCUGGUGCAUAAGGAUUCCAAGUAUAAAAGCUUUAAGGAUUUGAAAGGCGCUCGCGCUUGCCUGCCAAGCUAUGAGGGCGCUGCUCAUCUUUCCGUCCUGGAAACUAUCGUGAAUGCCACUGGAAGCGUGCACUCGCUGCACUCAUACUUCAAUCACAACUCCUGCAUCUGGCAUCCGCAUAAGGGUCGACAGUGCCCGCUGCAUUAUCAAGGCGAUGAGGGUGCAUUCCGCUGCUUGGCCGAGGGUGCCGAUGUGGCGUUCCUCAGCUCAGACGUCUACAAGAAAUACUUAAGCGGCAAUUUAACAUCCGACUGGCUGGCGCCUGGUAAGCAUCUGUCUUACCGUCUGCUGUGUCCCUACGGCGGAAUUGAACGGCAUUCGAGAUUUGAGUACUGCUAUCUGCACUGGGCACCGCGUGGCCAUUUGAUGACGCACAAUUCGUCGCAAACUCGGCACAAUGAGAUCUACAACUCACUGCGAGACAUGGAUCAUCUAUUUGGCAAAAAGUAUAAGAGCGAGACGCGUCCCUUUUCGCUCUACGACAUCUUCGAUAAGCGAAACGACAUUCUGUUCAAAGACAGCACAGAUGCACUAUUGAGCGCGCAUGAGCUGCUGCGGGAUAAUGCAAAGCGUUCCAUGGAGCAUGUCUAUGAACGUUACACGGCGCAGUAUUACGAUGCCGAAGGCGUCUACGACGGAGCGCAUUUAGCCAGCGACAGUUGCUUUGUUUUGGUGUUGGUUGCUGGCGUUUUGGGUCUGCUGCAACGCUAAUCAUUUCAGUCAUACUCAAGUGCACAAAAGGAACCUUAGUUAUUGUGAUAUUAAUUUGUAUAUGCGCACAUAUAAAGCUAAAUUAUUUUAGGAAACCUAAAUACAAGAAAUUUUAAAAACAAA